AAAAUGUCAAAAGAAACGAAAGAAACCGACCCUAAAGAUUCAAAUAUUUAUAUUGAUUGGUUAGAAAAAUCAAUUGUUGACGAAUACAUUAACUAUUACGAUUAUUCAGAAUUUAAAAAUUUAGAACCGUUAGGAAAUGGUUCAUAUGGGAGUGUCGUUCGUGCUAAAUGGAGAAAUUCUGAUACUUUUUUCGCUUUAAAAACUUUCAACAGUGAUAAAAUAACGCUAAAAGAAGUUGUUAAUGAGAUAAAAUCACAAAAAAAAGUCGACGUUCAUGAGAAUAUUUUACGAUUCUAUGGCAUUACAAAAAUAGAAAACGAAAAAAAAUAUGUGUUAGUUUUAGAAUAUGCUGAUAAUGAUACAUUAAAAACUUACUUAAAAGAGAAAUUUAAUGAACUCAAUUGGAAUGAUAAAUAUCAGUUAUCAUUUCAAUUAGCUAGUGCAGUAGCAUUUUUACAUGAAAAUGAUAUUAUUCAUCGUGAUCUGCAUGCAGAUAACGUACUUGUUCAUCAAAAAAAGAUCAAGCUGGCAGACUUCGGGUUGUCAAAAAAAAUUGCUGAAGCGUCAAGUAACAGUACAUCGAAAAUUUGUGGUAUAAUACCCUUUGUUGAUCCAAAAAGUUUAAAUGAUCAAGAUUACAAGUUAAACGAAAAAUCUGAUGUAUAUAGUGUUGGAAUAUUAAUGUGGCAGAUAUCAAGUGGCAAUCAACCAUUUUCCGAUUUAAACUAUGACGAAGGUUUAAUGUUAUCUAUAAUAAAUGGUAAACGAGAAGAAAUUAUUGAUGACACACUUAUUAAUUAUAGUAACUUAUACACAGAAUGCUGGAAAUAUGAACCAGAUGAGCGUCCAAAUAUGCAAGAAGUUGUUUUAAUUCUUAAAUCAAUAGUUUUUCCCGACAAACAUCUUGAAAUUUUAGGUAUAAAUGGUAGUUCAAAUAUAAAUGAUGAUUCAGAUAUUAAUUAUGAUAAUCAAGAUAUAAAUGAUGAAUCAAAUAUAAGUGUUAAUUCAGAUAUGAAUGAUGAAUUAGAUAUAAAUGAUUUUUCAGAUAUACUAAAUAAUAUUAGCAGUUUACAAGGUCAGGCAUCUAUUCGAUCAGGGAUAAUGAGUCUUAAAAGUAAUCAAUCUAGCACAUCAUUUCAGACGAAUUCGUCAAAAGAUUCGUCAUUUGAUAUUAUUAAUGAUUCAUUAGUUGACAAAUUAAUUGCAUUUAUCAUUAAUAAACAUGAUAAAGGUUAUAAUUUUGAUCAAAUUCAACAAAUAAUUGAAAUAACAUUGAAAUGUAAUCAAAUUAUAAAUGAUCUUAUUAAUUGGCUAACGAAAAAUCAAAAUAAAUCAGCUUAUAUUUGGCUUUUUGGAUUAUUUUAUUAUUAUGGCAUUGGAAUAGAAGAAAAUGACAAUAAAGCAUUUGAAUCAUUUUCAAAUGCAGCAGAAAAUAACUGUUCAAUAGCACAAAUUUAUCUUGCUAAAUGUUAUGAAUACGGAUAUGGAACUGAAGAAGAUAAAAAUCUAGCAUUCAAUUGGUAUCAAAAAGCUGCAAAAAAUAAAAGUAUUGUUGGACAAUUUUAUUUAGGAUAUUGCUAUGAAUUUAAUAUUGGAACUAAAAAUAAUGAUAAUAAAUUUAUUGAAUUGUAUAAAAAUGCAGCCAAUAAUGGAAAUACAACUGCAAAGUUAUAUCUUGCAAAUUGUUACAGGUUAGGUAAAGGAAUAGAUAAAAAUGAAUCUAAAGCAUUUGAAUAUUAUAAAAUAUCAGCAGAAAAAAAUUUCAUAGAUGCUCAAUAUCAACUUGGAAAUUGUUAUUAUUAUGGAGUUGGAAUAGAAAUUGAUAAAGUUCAAGCUUUUAAUUGGUACAAAAAAGCGGCAAAUAAUGGAAGUAUUAUUGCAAAAUAUAUUCUUAAACAAAAUUAUAAUAAGAAAACUAAUGCUAAAAAAAACAGAAGUAUAGAAAUUAAAAUUCAUAAAACAAUCUAUUUUAAUAGAUUAAAUCAAAUUGGAUUUAAUAAUUAUAAUGGUAUUAGAACAAAACAAAAUUAUAGUAAAGCAUUUUAUUAUUUUCAAAAGGCAGCAAAAAGUGGAAAUAGGGCUGCACAGUUUAAUUUAGGUUUAUGUUAUAGAAAUGGUAAAGGUGUGAAAAAAAAUAAUAGAAAAGCAUUUCAAUUAUAUCAAAAAUCAGCUGAACAAGAAUUUUUAAAUGCACAAUUUCAACUUGGAUAUUGUUAUGAUCUUGGAAUUGGAACUGAAGUUAAUAAAGUAAAAGCAUUUGAAUUAUAUAAAAUCACAGAAGAAAAUGGAAAUAAAUUAGCACAAUUUAAUUUGGGAAAUUGUUAUAGAAGUGGUAUAGGUGUAGAAAAAGAUGAAAUUAAAGCUUUCAAAUAUUAUGAAAAAUCAGCAGAGCAAGGAUAUUUGAAUGCUCAAUGUAAUCUUGGAUAUUGUUAUAAUUUUGGAAUUGGAAUUGAAGUUAAUAAAAUAAAAGCAUUUGAAUUAUUUAAAAUCACAGCAGAAAAUGGAAAUAAAACAGCACAAUAUAAUUUGGGAAAUUGUUAUAAAAAUGGUAUAGGUGUAGAAAAAAAUGUAAUUAAAGCUUUCAAAUAUUAUGAAAAAUUAGUAGAGCAAGGAUAUUUGGAUGCUCAAUUUCAACUUGGAUAUUGUUAUGAUUUUGGAAUUGGAACUGAAGUUAAUAAAGUAAAAGCAUUUGAACUAUAUAAAAUUACAGCAGAAAAUGGAAAUAAAACAGCACAAUAUAAUUUGGGAAAUUGUUAUAAAAGUGGUAUAGGUGUAGAAAAAGAUGUAAUUAAAGCUUUCAAAUAUUAUGAAAAAUCAGCAGAGCAAGGAUAUUUGGAUGCUCAAUUUCAACUUGGAUAUUGUUAUGAUAAAGGAAUUGGAGUUGAAGUUAAUAAAAUAAAAGCAUUUGAAUUAUAUAAAAUUACAGCAGAAAAUGGAUAUAAAACAGCACAAUUUAAUUUGGGAAAUUGUUAUAUAAGUGGUAUAGGUGUAGAAAAAGAUGAAAUUAAAGCAUUCAAAUAUUAUGAAAAAUCAGCAGAGCAAGGAUAUUUGAAUGCUCAAUGUAAACUUGGAUAUUGUUAUUAUAAAGGAAUUGGAGUUGAAGUAAAUAAAAUAAAAGCAUUUGAAUUAUAUAAAAUUGCAGCAGAAAAUGGAAAUAAAUUAGCACAAUUUAAUUUAGGAAUUUGUUAUAAAAGUGGUAUAGGUGUAGAAAAAGAUGAAAUUAAAGCUUUCAAAUAUUAUGAAAAAUCAGCAGAGCAAGGAUAUUUGAAUGCUCAAUAUCAACUUGGAUAUUGUUAUAAUUUUGGAAUUGGAACUGAAGUUAAUGAAACAAAUGCACUUGAAUUAUAUAAAGAGGCAGCUGAAAAAGGACAUAAUUUUGCACAAAAUAAUCUUGGAGCUUGCUAUGAAAAUGGUAAAGGCACAGAAAGAGAUUUAAAUAAAUCUGUUUACUGGUAUAAAAAAGCAGCAGAAAAUGGAAAUAAAUUAGCACAAUAUAAAUUGGGAAAUUGUUAUAAAAGUGGUAUAGGUGUAGAAAAAGAUGUAAUUAAAGCUUUUAAAUAUUAUGAAAAAUCAUCAGAGCAAGGACAUUUGGAUGCUCAAUAUCAACUUGGAUAUUGUUAUGAUUUUGGAAUUGGAACUGAAGUUAAUAAAACAAAAGCAUUUGAAUUAUACAAAAUAGCAGCUGAGAAUGGAAAUACUGAUGCACAAAGUAAUCUUGGAUAUUUAUAUCAAAAUGGUGAAGCAGAAAAUGGAAAUAAAAAAGUAGUACAAUAUAAUCUAGAUAAAAUAAAUAGUGAAGAAGGAACUGAAAAAGAUGAAGUUACAGCAUUUGAAUGGAUUGGAACUGAAAUUGCAUUUAAAUUAUAUAAAAUAACAUCUGAUAGAGGCAAUCUAGAUGCACAAUUUGAACUUGGAUAUUGUUAUGAAUUUGGAAUUGGUACUGAAGUUGAUAAAACAAAAGCAUUCGAAUUAUAUAAUAUAGCAGCUAAAAGAGGGCACAUUAUUGCACAAUAUAACUUUGAACUUUUAUAUGAAAGUGGAGACAACCAUAUUUAAUAAACUACUAUUUUUAUACUGCUCCAUAAGGUUGUCAAUAAAGGCAGAAAAUGUUUAAUAGCUUUGCUUCUAUAAAUAUUUAUAACUAGUAUGUAAAUAAAGAACGAUGAAUGAUUACAUGUUUCUGGUAGAAAUUUAG